UUUCUUUUCUUUUUCUUCAUCCUUUUUUUCUUCUUCAUCAUCAUCAUGACCUCUUCUGAAAAUACCGUAUCAGCUAUUCAUGCUGAAGAUAUUGCCUUUGCUCGUGCUCUUCACGGUAAGGAAAUCAAGACUGGUUUAAUCUCUAACCUAAAGUCCAAGAAUGCUGAUGUCCACAAUGUUGCUACUGAUACUUACCUCAAGAUGUGGAAAAAGGCUGAAAAUGAAACAAAGGAAGAUGAAGACCAACGUUUAGAUAGUUAUACUAAACUUGUCAAUUCUUAUUAUAACUUGGCUACUGAUUUUUAUGAAUAUGGUUGGGGUACUAGUUUCCAUUUCUGUCGUUAUUAUCCUGGUGAAGAAUUCUUCCGUGCUAUUGCUCGUCAUGAACAUUAUUUGGCUGCUAAUACUGGUAUCAAGAAGGGUAUGAAGGUUUUGGAUGUUGGUUGUGGUGUUGGUGGACCAGCUCGUGAAAUUGCUCAUUUCACUGGUGCUCAUAUUACUGGUUUGAAUAAUAAUGCUUACCAAGUUGAACGUGCUUUUCAUUAUGCUGCCAAAGAAGGAUUACAAAAUCAAACCAAUUUUAUCAAGGGUAACUUUAUGGAAAUGCCUUUUGAAGAUAAUUCUUAUGAUGCGGUUUAUGCCAUUGAAGCGACUUGUCAUGCCCCUACUUUUGAAGGAGUGUAUGGAGAAAUCUUUCGUGUAUUGAAGCCUGGAGGUAAGUUUGGAUGUUAUGAAUGGUGUAUGACGGAUGAUUAUGAUGCCAGCAAUCCCAAACAUCAUGAAAUUGGUCAUGGUAUUGAACGUGGUAAUGGUAUUCCCAAGAUGCGACCUACUGCUGAAUGUUUACAAGCUUUGAAGAAUGUUGGAUUCGAAAUCGAAUUACAUCAAGAUAUGGCAGAUGUCGGUGACUCGAUUGCUUGGUAUUACCCCUUGGAAGGUGAUUUACGCAAAUGUCAAACUUUCCGUGAUUAUGUGACUACCUUGGCCAUGACCCGUCUUGGUCGAUUCACCACUACCAACAUGUGUCGUGUUUUAGAAAAAAUUGGUCUUGCUCCCAAAGGUACUGUAGAAACUCAAAAAUUCUUGGAAGUCGCCGCUGAUGCUCUCGUUGCUGGUGCUCAACAAAACUUGUUUACUCCCAUGUUUUUCUUUGUCGUCCGAAAACCUUUGUAAAUCUCUCUCCAAAGUGAAUCCAUAUUUCUUUAUUAGUUUUAUUUUCUCUCUCUCUUUCUUACUUUUUAUUCCCUACACACUUAAUAAAAAUGUUUACAUUACUUUUGAUUAUUAUAAUA